AUGGGAUUUAUAAAGGCCGAAGAAUUUGUUAAUCAUUAUAUGAGAAUAAAUAAAGAAAUAAAAGAAUUAUCAGAAAGAAAAAAUGAAGAAUUUAAAUUUAAUAUUUUUGUUUUUUAUUAUAAUAAUAUUGAUUCAAUAUGCACAGAGCAUAUAUUACAAUUUCAUAAAAAAUUGAAAAGAGAAAUAAAUGUGUAUAGUUAUGGAAUAGAAAAAAAAGAUGACAUUUUUAAUUUAUUAAAAAAAUAUGAUGAUAUAUAUUUAAAAAAUAAAGAAUAUUAUAGGGAUUAUUUUUUUUGCGUUAUAUUAAUUGGAAUAUGUUCCCAUAUAAAUACAGAUACAAAUAUAUAUGAUGAAAUAGGAAAUUUUUUUAGUAAUAUUUUAGAUAAGCAUUAUUCUGCAUAUUUAAAAUUUUAUGUUAUAGACAAUAAAAGGCCAUUUCAUGAAAUUUUUUUAGAAAAUUCAAAAUGGGAUUUAGUAAUGAGUGAAUCUGAGCAUAAUGAAGUUAUGAGUAUAUGUCAAUCUUUGGAAAAAUAUAAUGAUAGUGAUAUAGAUAUUAAUGAAAAUAAUCGAAAAUUUAAAAAUUCAAAAAAAAAAAAAAAUUAUCAAAAAUUAUAUGAUCAUUAUAAUAUUGUAAAGGAAGAAAACAAAUGUAUGUGCUUAUUAUUAUAUCCAUAUAUACAAUGUAUAAAUAAAGAUGAUGCUUCUUCUAUAAUAUUUAUUUCAAGCAUAUCCCUUUUAUCAUAUUUAAAAACAGAUCAAAUAACACAUGACUAUUAUAAUAAACAAAUAAAAAAUCUAUAUAAUGAUAUAUUAAAUAUAUCUGAAAAUAACUUUGUAUCUUUUGAACAAGAAAGAGGUUUACUUCCUAUGCUUUCAUUCAUUUCUUUGAAUGAAGCAUUAGAAAUAGAUGAACGUAUAUAUAUAUAUGAUCAUAAAAAUGUAAAAAAUACAUUUAAUAAAAUUAGAACUAUGUGUGAUAUUGAAAAUAAAGAAUUUACUGGUAAUUUUAGACAAUUAGAUUUAAAAAAACAAAAUGAAAUUUUAGUAAAAUUAAAAAGUUUAAUAAAAAUUAUAAAACCUAUGAACACACUAGGUUGGAAAAGAAGAACUUAUUUACUUUAUAAUAGUGACAGCUUUUAUUUUGUUUUAAUUCUUAUAUAUGUAUAUAUUAAUCGCGAUAAAAAAAUGGAAACUUAUUUAUAUAACUGUUUAAAAACGUCAGAUUUUUUAUUUAACAUUUUUAAAGAUAGAUUAAAGCAAUCUGAAAUAUAUGAUAAACUUAUAGAAAAUCAUUUACAUAAAAAUGCAGCUAAUUAUUUAAGUGUACUAAUUAAAAAAGUUAUGGAAAGUAAUAAAAAAGUUGUAAAUAUUACAUCAAAUUUUAAAAUCUAUAUAGACAUUAUUCAAACAGCUAAAAAUACAUAUAGCCAUCCUUUUGAACUUAAAUUUAUUUCAACAAUUUUUUCAUCAUUUCAAUCAUAUUGUACUGAUAAAUAUAAAACAUACCAUUUAAUUGUUUGCCAUAUAAAUGACACAGACGAUACUAUUCUAUAUGGCUUUACACCUUUAAAUAAAAAAGAUUAUUGGGUUUUAAUUUUUUCAAGAAUUGCAUAUUCAAACUCUGAGCAAAUUAUGUAUGAUACAAUUUCUGAUGUAAAUACAAUCAAAAUUCGAAAAAAUGAUUUAAGAUUUAUACUAGAUGAAAUCAAGCAUGUUUUUAGAUCUAUUAUAAAAACAGAAACGAAAAAAAAAAUAUUAGGAGAAAAUGAACUUGACGAUAUUGAAGAAAUAUCUGAAAAUGACGAAAAUAACGAAUUUGAAGAAGACUUAAUAGGUAGGGAUGGUUUUGAUGGGGAGUAA